AUGGAAGUGGCAGCUUCAAUCCGUGUUCCAUGGAGAUGCCAGCCGCGGCAGCCCGUCUCAUCCAAGGCUCCAUCCGUUCUGGCUCCACGGUCAACGCUACCUGCCUCCGCCGCGUCGUCCUGUCCCUUGCGCGAUGGUCGCCGCCGCGUGCAGCACGGCGCCAGGGCCUCCGAGUCCGCCGACGCUCCUGCAUUCGGGGCGACCUGGCGGCCACCACGGCUUCAGGACGCCGGAGCGCCGCCGCCGCCGCUCCAGUUCGACGGGCGCGGCCGCGCGGCUCGCGUCUCGUCGGGCGGGGACCGGGAGGCGUCGUCGCCGCGGCGGCCGCGGUUCCUGUGCCUGCACGGGUUCCGCACCAGCGGGGAGAUCAUGCGGCGGCAGGUGGUGGGCAGGUGGGCGGCCCAGGUGACCGCGCGCCUGGACCUCGUGUUCGCGGACGCGCCGUUCCCGGCCGAGGGCGCGUCCCCCGUGGCCGGCGUCCUCGACUUCGAUCCGCCCUACUACGAGUGGUGCCAGUUCGUCGGCGAGGAUUUCCUCAGCUGCAGGAACCUGGACGGGUGCUUCACCUACCUCGAGGAGCUGAUGGCCAGAGAUGGGCCGUUCGACGGGCUGCUGGGCUUCUCCCAGGGCGCCGGUCUUUCUGCAGCGCUUGCAGGGCUCCAGCAGCAGGGGUUGGCCUUCACCGGGGUUGCUAAGGUGAAGUGCGUGAUAGUUAUAGCCGGGGCGAAGAUCAGGGCGCCGGUGGCUGUCACGAGGGCGUUUGACAGCAAGAUCACGUGCCCAUCCCUUCACUUCAUUGGUGACGAGGACUUUGUGAAGGUUCACAGCGAAGAGCUUGUACAAGCAUUUGCGGAUCCACUUGUUAUACGUCAUCCCUGCGGCCACACUGUUCCUAAACUUGACGAGAAGGGUCUCCAAACUAUGCUCACUUACCUUGACAAGAUCGAGAGGGAGAUAUGGGAACAUUCGUCAACUGAUACUGAGAUCAUGGGCUCAAAUUAA